UAAAAGCAAAAGGAAGUCCUAUGUCACUGCCAUAACCGAGAACAGAGGGAAAUGAAUAAAUCAUUGAAUUCUUUUAACGAGGUUAAUUUUUAUUUGAACUGUAGUUCCGUUUGUUUAAUCGUAUAUUCCUGACUUGCCAUAGCCAAUGAACACAAACUAUUUCUUAAUUGUUUUAGGAGAUAUAAGCCUUGAAGUUCAUAGCCAUAAAAUUCGUUUAGAUUUGCAUCGGUGAUAAUAAGAGAGAAUGGGUUGCAUCGUUUAUGAAUUCUGAAUAAAACUUUAAAACAUUCUAAAGGAACUCAAUUCAAGGCAAGCAUGGUUUGUAAACUCAUUUGGAAGUGUUGUACCAUUGCCAUAUUUGUAAGAGAACAGACACAGAGGAAUAUAAAUAAAACAUAAAAGACAUCCUGUUAAUGACGUCCACCAGUACUUGAACUGUCUUUCCGCUCGUGUAAUCUUGUAUUCUUAACCUAUCUAAUUCAAUAAACACAGACGAGUUUUUAACAUUUGUAAGCAGUAAUUGGCACAGAGGUCAGAGCUUUAAAAUCCAUUUAGAUUUACAUCGGUAAUAUAAAGAAAGAAAUGGUACGUAUAAGCAGAGAGAGCAAACUAGGUUGGAGACAGCACAGGGUAUUUAAGAACAUUUCGGAAAGUUCACUCGGUUGUACAAGGACAAAAUGAAUCCUUUUACUUUGGUCGGUAGAACUUGGCAUGAAAUGACUUUAACAACGCUGUUGUUUUGUUUAUCAUCGUUAUACGUUGGGGGGACAUCGGCGGUUGUUCACGGUGAGAGGUAUACUGGUCCCGUUGUCCGGGUGAUGGGGAUCAUUGGUCAGCAGCAAUGUGUCCGGGAAUGUAAGCACAGGCCCAAGCUGUGUCGUGGAGUCAACUACCGAAAACAGGAACUGCUUUGUGAACUCGUGUCAGCCAUCAACGAAACGGAACCAAAUUCUGACUACGUUAGAAUUGAACUUGACCAGACUGCGAAUAUCACUGAUGGAUGUCUGGCUUGCUCAAUCGAUGAUAUGUGUGUGACGCUCUCCAGUACCAAAGUCCAGUGUAUUCGAGACAAUGACAUAUUGAUUCCAAAUGACUGCACUACUCUGCAUAACAUUAACUGCGGCCUACCUAGUGGACUGUACACAAUAAAGCUGCCAUUCCUAAAUCACGUGACAGUUUUCUGUGACAUGGAGAAAGAUGGCGGUGGCUGGACAGUGUUCCAGAGACGACAAGACGGUUCUGAGAAUUUUUACAGAACAUGGGUAGAGUACAAGAACGGAUUUGGGAAUCUGAGAUCAGAGUUUUGGCUUGGCAACGAAAAACUACACCACCUGCUGAGUCAGGGGACGCAUGAGAUGAGGAUGGACAUGGAGGACUUUGACAACCAGACACGUUACGUCAAAUACAGCAGUUUUAACUUAGGAGACGAAUCUAGCAAGUACAAAGUCACGUUGUCAGGGUUUUCUGGAAACGUUGGGGAAUGUUUCACAACUGCAGACAGUAAUACUGUUCUGAACAACAUGAAGUUUUCCACAUGGGAUCAAGAUAAUGAUAACAAUCCAUAUAGAUGUGCCGUUGGGUGGCAAUCAGGAUGGUGGCACAACUCUUGUGGCUGUGCGAACCCUAACGGCAUGUACCUGGCAGGGGAAACAACUGUCAUUAAAGGAGUAACUUAUCGUCCAUGGCGGGAUAAGUACUAUUCGCUUAAGUCAACUCGCUUAAUGGUAAGACGAGUUGCCUAGACACUUGAUCACAUCAUCAAAAAUGGAGAUGAUUUUAAAAAAACAACUUUAUCACUUUAUGUAUAAUUAAUAUAUUUGGAUACGAAAAUUAGGUUUUAUGUUGUUUGGAGUCAAUUGCCAUUCCUUUUAUGAAAUAAGACUCCUAUUAUUAUUUACGAAAACAUGAUUUGUCUGUUUGUAAAUAUUUGUAUCUAAUAAAAUUAAA